CGUGGUGUGCUGGAGGACACGAAGGAUGGGACUUCGCAAAGAGAGGGCCAUUUGCUUGGAUGGUUACCUCCAAAUAGAAAUCAGGAUCCUCCUUGCUCUGACAACUGGCAGCUCCCCAGUGGAUCUAGCAGCAUCAGAUGUGUUUCAUCGCCAUCCACGGAGAAAAAAUCCUGUCGCUCCUCUCCCUCAACAAGGACUCCCAACACCGCUUCUGGGCCCCCAGAUCCAGUGGGCUCCGCCGUCGGGCGAGAUCCGGACAAUGGCCUUCCAGGUUCUGGCCUUCCACUGAAAGCUCGCCCUGCCCUUCCGGUUUAGACAGUGUCAUCCUGUACCUGUUGAUCUGGCCCCCUCCCCGGGCGAUAGAUCAGCCGACCCCACGCGUGUGGGAACUAUUAAUAACUUGGGACAUCCCGUGUACGCUGGUCCGUUGCCAGUAGGACUGACCUUUUGGCCGCUGCAAGCGAUCCCAGCGCCCUUUUAUCUAUCACGG